AAAAAUUUAUUUGAUCAAAAGUUGAAAAUACUUUAUCAUGAAACAAACACGGCAAAACACUAAAUCAAUUAAACCCAUUAUUUCUAAUAUGGCUAAAGGCUUUGUCACAAUCUAACCAUAAUUUUUUCAAAGCCUUACAAAGCUCUAAUAGCUACUAUGCCAAUGAACCAUGAUCAAGACAGACCAUCCAAAAGGUGGUAUAAGCUAUGCUUUAUUCCCACAAUUGAUGACAGUUCUGAUGAUUCCGAUACAGAAUCCUUAGUCAUAACGCGAAGAGCUUCAACUCACACUAGUUCUUGGGAACAAGAACAACCUUCUCCGCCACCAUCACCACCGAAUCUAGAAUCUCAAAUCAAUUUGCUUUCUCCACCAUUACCUCUGCCUCCGCCUCCGCCUCCGCCUCUGCUUCCAACUCUGCCUAGUUUGCCACAGUUAGUGCUGCAACGUCGGUCUUUCCAAUCGCUGACUUCACCAUCGCCUACUGCAACCACACAAGAUCGGCCUGAUAACGAUAAAACUGAGUUCCUCCGAAUUCCAGAUAGUGUCAUGAAUGCCAUUCACAUGGUGAGAAUCACAGAAUUGAAUUUAAUAGAUGAACUCUCUCAAUGUCCUAUUUGCAUGGACGAGUUUGAAUUGGGCGAUGAAGCAUGUCAAUUACCCUGCAACCAUACAUUCAAAUUCGAAUGUAUGCUUCGAUGGCUUAACAACAGCGAAUCAUGUCCUGUUUGCAGGCUUCAGUUAAAUGGUUUUGAAAGACAAGGUAGUUCUUAUAAUAUAGGUGAUGAUGAUGAUGAUGAUGAUGAUAGUUUGGACCUUGAACCUCAAAUUCAAACACAAGUGAUUAAUAGUUUGGAAGAUCAUAUUCAAUUUUCGCCGCAUUCACAAGUUAUAGAUGAUGGUGCAGGUGACAACUCUGAUGAAGCUGAGUAUGACAGUGCAUGUGAUGACUUGAAUGAUAUUUGGUUUGGUAAUUAUCAAAGUAGUCAUAGUUUACAAAUUUAAAUUAAAGGGUUGUAAAUUGAUGCCUAUAAUGAACUUAUGGAAUGAUAUGAUAUUCCUGACUUUGCUUGCAACUUGUAUUGAUUGUUGUCCUCUUAAUCUUCAUUAUUCUGAUUUGAUGUAAAAAUGAUUCUUAAUCUUCUAUGCUUGCCUCCGUUCGUAUGGGUCGAGAUGAUGACUUGUGGUGGUCCAGAUAUGUCAUGGGGGUUGUUGCGGUGUUGUCUCUGUUUUCAGCUUCACACUCGCCUCACUAUGUUGGUUGCUGCGAUCUCGGUUUAUUCGGCUUGAAAAAGCUGUUUGUGCUUGCUUUGUAUUUUUGCAAAGGGCGGUUGGUACGUGAAUCAGUCUGUGUUAGCGGUUGUUUUAUUCGCCAUUUCUCAAGAUGUGAAAGCUUACACAACGCUAUUUUUGCUAUUUUGGUUUCGCGCUUGCAGGCGGGUUCACUAAGUAGUGUCUGUUAUGUGAGCGUUUAGAUCUUUUUUGUUUUAGACCACUUUUGUUGUAAUUGGAUUGUAUGUAACACCCGUUUGGGUUUUUUUCUACAUUAAAUUUUAUUAUUGUUUU